GACCCGGUCCGUCUACCCGCUGCGUCAGUCACGCCGUAGAUCCACUCGGCGUUCAACAACCCGCUGCGAUCACCCCGGACGACCGUACGACCGACCGACCGAUCGACCGAUCUGUCCCGCGUGUCGCCGACGAAUUGAAAAAUUUACGCGUACAUAUUUUUCGCUUUUCCCGUUCGCCGCCUACGAUAAGACAGUGCGAUUUUUUUUUGUAAUUUUUAUAGUUUUUAUUUUAUUUUACCAUUUUUGUAGACGUGUUUUCGCGUGUGCUUUAGUGCGAAUAUUUUUAUUUUUUUUCCGCGUUAAAAUGACCGUACGCUCCGUAACGUAUGCUGUUCACCGGAUUCUCGCGGCCACGUAGACUCUCGCCCGUCACGUACCGUCGCCAAGGAUCGCGAUCAUAAUUCCGCUUGUCGUACCGGACCGUUUUGCGACGGUGGGGUACCGUUUGUAACAUUUAUCGUACGUCGCAUAGUCUUCAACAGCAGACGUGACACUGACACACACUCGCUCGCUCGCGUCCUAUACAGGGUGGGACGCGCGUAAAUGACGACCGCGUUAUGUUAAACCCGUUUAUGGACAACGCGCCUCUGGCCAACGGCAUGGGCGUCAAGAUCGAGGACGAUUACAUGGGUUCGCCGCAGGAUCAGUACCAUCACAUGCACGGGUACGGGCAACCGCCGCCACCGUUGGCACCCCCGCCGCACCACCCAGGUUACCCGGGGCCCAGGGACUUUUUGCAGAUCCGCAGGGACGUGGACUAUCACCACCACGGCCACCAUCACCAGCACGGCGCCAGCGAGCACCAUCUUAGCGGCCUAUACCCCGGCGUGCACCACGACCUGCAGCCGCAUCAUCACCACCAUCACCAUCACGGCCAGGUGUACCCGCCGCCGCCCCAGCCACCGAUAUCGACCGCCUCUAUCGGAUCCGUGCACCGGCACAACGACUACGGCGGUGGUAGCGGCGGCGCGCACGACCCUUAUGGAGUAGCCGGAGGUGGCGGCAGCGGUGGCAACCACGGUGCGACCGGCGGUGGCAGCGGUGCGUUUUACCGGUACAUGCGGCACGGAGUGCCCGUGUCGGCCGCCGCGGCCACCGCGCUCAAGGACAUGUCCUGCCUGUGGAUCGAUAAGCCAGGGCCGCCGAUGCGUACGUGCGGCAAAAUGUUCGGCUCCAUGCAGGACAUCGUGUCGCACAUCACGGUCGAGCACGUUGGUGGGCCCGAGUGCACGACGCACGCGUGCUUCUGGCACGGUUGCGAGCGCAAGGGCCGCCCGUUCAAGGCCAAGUACAAGCUGGUCAACCACAUCAGAGUGCACACCGGCGAGAAACCCUUCCCGUGCCCGUUCCAGGGAUGCGGCAAAGUGUUCGCACGGUCCGAGAAUCUUAAAAUCCACAAACGCACUCAUACAGGCGAGAAACCGUUUAAAUGUGAGUACGAAGGAUGUGACCGGAGGUUCGCCAACAGUUCGGACAGGAAAAAACACUCGCACGUGCACACUUCAGACAAGCCCUACAACUGUAGGAUAUCUGGCUGUGAUAAAUCGUACACUCAUCCCAGUUCCUUGAGGAAGCACAUGAAGGUACACGGUAACGGAAAGCUGGAUAGCGACGGCAACUACGACUCGGAAGACUCGAACUGCUCGUCCGGCGGAUCUAUCAGGGUGACCGAUAGUUGCACGACCGCGACACCCAGCGUCGUGUCACCCGGCGACCACCACGGCGCUCAAACGCCAUCCGUCCUACAUCCGACGGCCACCUCCGCGCUGCCACUGCCCACGCCGCCACCAUCCGACUGGUACAUGAGCGCCGGAUCCGGCACGCCGUCCAUCCAACCGUCGUCCGUCGACCACGGUCACCACUAUCUGACCGACCUGAACCACCACCAUCACCACCAUCACCCGCAUCACCACACGUCGCUGAUGGCCCAUCACCAUCACGGUACCGCGGCCUAUUGAAACAAAUCCCCCGCUUCGUAUUACGACACCGUCACGGCCGAAUGGAGGUAGCGCAAUUGCGGCCACCGUUGACUGACCACUGCGUCCUGCCAGUGGCCGUACCGCGGCCGACACAUCAGUUGUCGCGUCGAUCACCUAAACGGGUAGACGCAGUACGGUACCUCAUACGGAUGUCAUUGUUUUUUUUUUUUUUUUUUUUUUUUUUAUACAAUUUUUUUUUUUUUUUAAUAUCGCUCUUGUCUUUUUUCCAUUGCGAUUUAUGAAGUGGGGGUUACCUGUGAUUUUAACGUUAUUAUCAUUGUAUUAGUACCUAUUAUGAAUAAUAUUAUUAUUGUAAUUUUUUUCUUUUCCAUUUUUGUGUGAUCACUUCGGCCGGUCGAUUUUCGUUCGCACCGUACUAUCGGCGUGUACGUACCACCGCGCGGAACAGACGAAAACGCGUUACCGAAGCCGCAGUGCGAUGUAUGUUUUUUUCUUUCUCUGCGUAUUGUAUUAUUUUCCGAUUAGGCGUGUUCUAAGGAAUCUAUCCGUGCUUUUGAAUUUUAAAUGACAAUGUUGUGACUUUUCACAAUCGCGCGAUAUCGACUAAACGCGUCGUCGCUGAACGUUCCGGACAAUAUGCCUAUGAAUUAUUUAAAUAAAAUUAAUCGAACGGUUGACAUUCGACGACGAAAACGUGUUAUUAUUACACAUGUUUAUUAUUAUUAUCAUUAUUAUUAUUAUCAUUAUUAUUAUCAUUAUUAUUAUUAUACUUAUUAUUGUGCACAUAUAUUGUGGGAACGUAUAUCCCAUAUACAAUCAAAAGAACUUUAAAACAAUUUUAAUGAACUGUAAUCUUCCAUUCGUUUACAGGUAGACUAAUUUGUACAAUCUUGUAUUACUUUAAAGAAUUUAUAAUAAUUCUGAAAGCGUAUGUAUAGAGGCCUGUACGCUUUCGGUUUUGUGUGUAGUAAAUUAUUGAAAUCAUUUAACGUGUGUACCCAUGUAUACAUUAUUUGUCAAAGGCCAAUAUUGUAAAAAUUUA